AUGAUGGGAAAUAAUAAAGAAAAGGAAGAAGGAUAUGAAGAAAAAUAUGAAGAAAAAUGUAAAGAAAAAUGUGAAGAAAAAUGUGAAGAAAAAUGUAAAGAAAAAUGUGAAGAAAAAUGUGAAGAAAAAUGUGAAGAAAAAUAUAAAGAAAUAUGUGAAGAAAAAUAUAAAGAAAAAUGUGAAGAAAAAUAUGAAGAAAAAUAUAAAGAAAAAUAUGAAGAAAAGUGUGAAGAAAAAUGUGAAGAAAAAUGUGCAGAAACACAUGAAGAAAGAGAAGAGAACAAGGUAGAGAAAAAAGAUGGAAAGUUGGAAAUAAAUGCAUUUAGAAAUAUAAAUUUAAAAAUUGAGGCAUAUGGAAAGGGUGAUUAUAGAUUAUUAAGAUAUUUACCAGAUGGUUCUUGUGUUUUCGAGGAAAUACCAAAUGAAGAAAAUAAAAAUAAUUUACAGCAAUAUGCUCAAGUGUUUUACUCAGCAAUGGAUAAAAUGAAUCAAUUAAAAAGUAAAGAUGAUAAUAUGAAAAAUAACAAAGAAUGGAACAAAGGAGAGGAAUAUAGAAUACUGGUAGAAAAUGAAUUAAAAGAGUUGAUGAUUUUAUUCGAUAUGAUAUUGGGAACUCUUAAUUAUGAUAAAGGGAGAAAAUAUUUAUCUCUCAAUAAGUGCUCUUAUUAUAAAGAUUCAAAAGAAAAUAAGCAGGAAAUAUGUAUAGCUAUAAAUAGUAGAAAGCAACUUUUAGAAAAAUUAAGAAAUUUAUGUAAAAAAACGAAAAUUGAAAUAAAUUCAAUUAAUGGUAUAAUUACACAAAAGUAUUAUCUAUGUUUCUUAAGUCAACUAAUUAAAUAUUGGAAAAUAUUAAAUAAAAAAUAUGCAGAAAUAGAUUAUAUGCAACUUGAUAGUAAUUUCCCUUACAUGACUCAAAUUUCUAUAGAAUUUUAUUUUUUACCUUCUGUUUUUUGGCAACUUUCUUCGAAUCCAAUAUUUUUAUCAUGGCCACCUCAUCCCUCUUUUUCUCCUUUUAAAUCGCAAUAUGCACAUAUUACAUUUUCAUUAAAUAAUUUAGAAAAAGAAAGCGAUAUCAAAAUAUGUGAAAACAGUUCAAAAAAAACAGAAGAAAAUACUUUAAAACACAAUGCAAAGGGAAUUGAAGAGCAACAAAAUAUAAUCACUCAUAGUAAGGAUAAGGGUGGUAAUUUAAAUGAAGAGGAUGAAAAAUCAAAAAAAAUAUAUAAUGAAACAAAAGAAGUAGAUGAUACAAUAAAAGAAGACACAAACUUUAAUAAAUAUAACGAUAAUGAUACUAAUAAUGGAUAUGAUAAUAAGAUUGAUGUUGACAAAAUGAUACAAAAAGAGGUGAAUGAUAUAUCAAGUACUGGUGAAAAAGAUAUGCAUCUUUUAAAUAUAAAAAAUGUACAAAAUUGCAAUAUAAUUUUAAAUAAUUCUAAUAAUUUAAAUGAUGAUUCUAAUGGAUUACCUAAAAAAAAUAUAGAAGAAAAUACAGAAAGUAGGAAAACUCAUAAUAAUAGCAAUAGCAUGGAAAAUUACGAAGAAAAAGAAGAAUUAAACAAAAGCAGUUACAUAGGAAGUAAAGAAAAUUAUUAUUUUAAUGACUUAAAAAUUAAAGAGGAAGAACUAAAAAUGUUCAGUUUGCUAGACAAUAAAAGUACUGUAUCUGUACAAUUUGAAGGAAUAGCUGCUUAUUUAAUUGAAAAUAAUUACUUUAUUCAAUUUGAUUUAUUUCCUUUGAAUGCAAAAUUAAAAAAAAAUUUGAGUACAAAAAAUAAAAAGUGGGAACAUAUUUUCCCAAAAAAAACAAUUCCAAAAAAUAUAAUUUUUGAGCAAGCUAAAAAAGUUCAUGAAAAAUUAACAAGAGCUCAAUGGGUAUUAAUAGAUAAAUCUAUUUUUUGUAUUUUAGCUGAACAGGCAAAUAAUUUAAAAGAUAAAAAUAAUGAAUUGGGAAUAAAUCUAGAUAAUGUACCAAAUAUGAAUAGAAAAAUAAAAAUUCAUUGUACACAAAUAAAUCAUAAAUCUAUUGAAUUUUUAAUUCACGAUAUUUUAAUUCCAUCUUCAUCCAAUAAAUUUGCCCCUAUUGAUUUUUCUUUUGUUAUUUUAUAUGAACCAAUUAAAAUGUACGAUGUAAAUAAUAACAAAAGUAACAAUGAUAACAGUGAUAAUUCACAAAAUAUUAAUAACGGUACAAAUAAUUCUUCUAAUAAUAAUGAUAAUAUAAAAAAUGAUUUUAAUAAUAAUAGUUAUGAUGAAAAAAAAAACAGGUUUAUGAUGUGUGAUUCUAUAAGAUUCAAUGAAUCAAACAAAGAUCACAUAGAUGAUAAUAAUAUUAAAAAAACAACAAAUAAUAGUUUAGAUAAAAAUAAUGAAAUUACACUAGAUUAUGAACUAAUACAGAUGUUUUUAAAUUUAGCUCUUUCCAAAGUAAGAGAUUUAUUUCUUUGUUCAUGGAAAUAUUUCUCUUUUGAAAUUCCCUUUUAUUCAGCUGAUAUACAUCCAAUUAUUUACCAAAAUAUGUUUCCUGAUUAUCGUUCAGAUACAUUAAUUAAAAACUUUUUUUGUUGGCUUAUUAAAUCAAUGAACACAUAUUUACGUGUAAAUGAAGAAAUUAUAAUACAAUAA